AUGAGUUCUCCAUCAUCUUCUGGUACAGGUGUUGAAAAUAAUUUGAAGAGUUUACUUUCCAUCAAACAAGUCGACAAGUCACUUAUUGAACAGUUGUCAUUGAGAGCUGGUGAAUUUAAAAAUUAUCACAAAACUAAACAAUAUCAUCAAUAUAAUACUGUCCUUUCCGAUAAGAUUGUAAACUUGUUAUUCUUUGAACCAUCGACUAGAACUUUAUGCUCAUUCCAAUCUGCUGUAUUGAAAUUGGGUGGUAAACCAAUUACUCUUGAUAUUCAAAGUAGUAGUAGUGUUAAGGGAGAAUCUUUGCAAGAUACUCUUCGUACUAUGGAGCAAUAUGGUGAUUUAACUGUUAUGAGACAUCCAAAGAGAGGAGUUCAUCAAGAAGUUUUACCAAAAUUGGAAAAGCCAUUGAUUAAUGCUGGAGAUGGUGAUGGUGAACAUCCAACUCAAGCUUUAUUGGACUUGUUUACAAUUACUGAAGAAGAAAAGAGAGUUUCUCAACAAAUUGAUUUCAAUUUAAAGACAAUUUGCAUGUUUGGUGAUUUGAAAUUUGGUAGAACUGUUCAUUCCUUAUUGAGAUUAUUAUACAAAUAUUAUAAUACCCAACCGCUUAAAUUAUACUUGAUUUCUCCAUCUGGAUUGAAAAUGCCAGAUUAUGUUAUUGAGGAAUGUGUCAAGAAUUAUGGAAAUGUUCAUGAAAUUGUUGAAUGUGAAAAAUUGACACCUGAAAUUAUGAAGGAAUUGGAUGUAAUUUAUGCAACCAGAUUGCAAAAGGAAAGAUUUGAAAAUGAAGAUCAAUAUUUGAGCUACAAAUCAUCAUUCUGUCUCAAGAAGGACGAUUUACAACAUUCCAGAAAUCAACACUUGCCAAUCAUUAUGCAUCCAUUGCCAAGAGUUGACGAAUUGGACGAAAGUAUUGACACUGACGAAAGAGCAGCCUACUUUAGACAAAUGAAUAAUGGUGUCUACAUGAGAAUGGCCAUUUUGGAAUUAUUAUUGAAAGAUUGA